AUGGUGAGCGUUCCUAAAACCCGCCGAACUUUCUGUGAGAAGGGUGGCAAGCAUCAACUCCACACAGUAACACAGUACAGGAAGGGCAAGGAUCCUCUGUGUGCGCGGGGAAAGCGGCGUUCUGACAGGAAGCAAAGUGGCUAUGGUGGGCAGACUAAGCCUAUUUUCCGAAAAAAGGCUAAAACUACAAAGAAGAUGGUGCUGAGGCUUGAAUGUGUUGAGCCUAACUCCAGAUCUAAGAGAAUGCAGGCUAUUAAGAAAUGCAAGCAUUUUGAACUGGGAGGAGAUAAGAAGAGAAAGGGUCAAGUGAUCCAGUUCUAG